AUGGAUUCUUCAGAUCAAACUCCUACCAAUCGACUCUUACUGCACAUAAUCAAAUAUCUCAAUCGCGGGUUUGAAGCUAAGAAUCAGAUUGUCAGAUUCAGAUGCAGCCAAUUGCUGGCUUAUGUGGUCAAUAGUCUAGAAGAUAUCGAUGAUGAUCUCUUUAGUGAACUCAAAUCUAAACUACUGAUCCGAAGUCAUGAUAAAGAGAAAGAUGUGCGACAACAAGCUGCCAUUGCUUUGAUGAACUUUAGACCAGUAGGUGAAGAAGAGGAUGAAGACGAGGACGAAGUGAAUGUAAAUGACGCGCUGAUUGACCUCAUGAUUCGUGAUCCAUCGUCUGAGGUCCGCCGUACUGUUUUGCAUAAAGUAUGCGAAGUACCCACCUCGAUCAUUGCCCGCCGUUAUGACGAGACUACGAGAUGUUGA